GCCCGGGAAGGAUGGGGAAGGCGCGGGCCUGGGGUCUGCUGUGGUUGUUGCUGGUCUCAGGACUCCGAGCUGAGGCGGAGUCAGACGUGUACAUGUACUUCCGCACCGAGGGGGAGGACCUGCGGGUGGGCUGCCCCGCCAACAUCAUGAUCUACGCCGACAGCCAGAAGGCCUGGCAGAGGCUGCGGGCCGGAGGGGAGGUGCAGACACUGGGGGUCACCGAGAGGCCGACCGGAGUGCCCAGCGAGGUCCGGGUGGGGAGGACCAUCCUGAGAGACGACCCUGAGCAGGGCAUAUUCACCGUCCAGAUGACCGACCUGCGGGUGGAGGACUCCGGGCUUUACCGGUGCGUCAUCUACCGCCCGCCCGCCAGCCCCAUCCCCCUCUCCCACCUGGUCCGCCUGCAGGUGACCCGGGAUCCCUCAGUUACUCCUGCCUCUAGCAAGACUCUUCAGGCCCAGAGUGCCACCGUUAGUCCCCCGAGGGACCUGAGCACCAUCUCUACCAGGCAUGGAGCUGUCACCCAGCCCUUACCCAAGUCCCCUGUUGUCAUCUCCUCUCCAGGCCCCGGAGUCAACUUCACGGAUAUGACAACUGGGAUCAGGAUCCCAGUGCUCACCUUUGUCAUUCUCGCAGCCUGUGGCCUCCUCAGUAAGAGCCUGGUCUCCACCGUCCUGUUUGUGGUCACACGGAGGUCCUCCGGGUCUUAGACUCAGGAAGCCACCCCGUGACUCUGGCCUCCAGCCACGCCCACCUUCUGGAUGUGUGGAGAAGUGGGGAGGGAGGGGAAGGGGAAGGGUCCAUGGCAUGGAUUGUCUCUGUGAUCAUCGGUAAUGUCUUAAGCCCCCCCCCUUCCUGGCCCCGCCUUCUGCCCCUGGGUCAUCUUGGGUGUGGGCUUUGCCCUGUGGGAAGAGAAGAUGGCCCAGCCUGCUCGCCCCUUCACUCCACCAGGGGGUUGCUGUGAAAUAAAGACAGAAUGCCGUGGA